CGUCAUCAUCGGGCGUGAAUCGGAUGAUGCCGAGUCAUUCCCAUACUCCCAAACGGAUAAAACGAUUCAAAUCAACAAGCUUCCGUUCGAAUAUCGAUUUUACGAAAAGUUGGUUGUGUUGUGUAGAGAUUUCGGGUGUUUCCUGGGCGAAUUUUUACUUCAAAAUCUUUGUGGAAAAGCUUUCAGAUGAGUAGUAGGAUGCAACGAUUUCGCCGUGCUAUCAGUUUUCGCCGAUCGCAAAGACACGUCCCCGAAAGUUGCCGUCCACACCAAUGGGAAAGCGACGGCCAUAAAGUUAAGUCAGGCGGACUUAGUUUUCCUGUUAAGGUACGAAUAUUCGUUUGUAUUUGCAUUUAUAUGCUUCUUAAGGAAUCUUAAGCCUUCCUAAAGCUUUUACUGCUUUUAUUUUCGAUUUUAUGAGGAGUUUAACGGGCGUUUAAUAGUGUUGUUUUGUCUUCCAAACUACAGUAUCUGGGGGCACAAGAAGUUGCUGAAUCGCGUGGCACACAGAUAUGCAGUGAAGCAGCAAAAAUUCUAAAAAAGAAUGUGAGUUGCCAACAUUCUCUAUCUGGUGAAUAGGUGUAAAAAUAUACAAUCAUUUUCUCACAUAUAUUUGUGUUGCGUAUGAAGAAAUUUCUAGAUUUUAACAAGAUACAAUUACCUAAAUAUCGCGACUGUUGUGCGUGCGACAUUUGGUUGGAAUGACAAGGAUAUUGUUCCUGAUUCUAGGCUUUAUAAAAACUUCACAUUUAUGUUCUUUAUAUUUAUCUAGAAACGACGACGAAGCCGAAAAAUGACCCUGCUAGUUACCGAGGACUGUAUCAGAGUCGUUGACGAUAAAACCAAGGUUUGAGAAAAAAAUAAUAUUUACAGUAGCCUGCUGCCACAUUUGUUUAUACUGUUGAAAUAUUUCGUUUGAUCCAACAAUCGACUAGUUGAUAUCUGUUCCGUUUGUAACAUAAAGUAGGCAGUAUUUGUGGCUUUUUGACACAUUUAACUAGCUAAAUAUUACCCAGUUUCGAGCCGAUUUUAUCUAUGAUAUUACUCAAGUUAAAAUUACUCUUGCUCUAAUUCGCAAAUGGCAAAUACAUUUGCGAUGUAGUAGAACGAUUUUAUCAAUAUUUUGAAUGAAGUUUUUACGCUUGGGAGAUUUCGGUGUGCCCAAAGACAAAGUUUCUUGUUUAAUUUUGAUAACGGACGUCUUUAAAGUAGCUUUAAUGAAAAAAGAAGGAUAUUCAGAUCGUUGUUUACUGUUCCUCUCAAAAUUCGUAAACAUUUCAGUCUGCUUUUAAAACACGUAAUAUUAAAUCCUGUGCGCCGGUGAAAGCCUGUUUGUAAUAUAUUAUUUAAUCAUAAUUUUGGCAUGGAAUAAUGGGAAAAUUCGGGUUUUUUAGGACUUCUUAAUUUUGUAAACAUGCGAAGCAAUGUUAAAAUUGUGAUGUUUUUUUGAUUAGACUCAAACUGGGCAGUAUCUUAAUGUGUUUUAUUUAAUAAAUGCAUCCAUUGGAGUCCAUACAUUGUUAUUGUUCCUCAAGGGGGUGUCCAUAAAUAGCGCAUGUGACUAAGUGUUGUAAUACCAUAUAUAUUAAAAUUGGGUGUGGGGGGAACUCCGUGGAUGGUAGGGUGGGAAUAUACCAAAUGAACCCAAUUGUGAAGCUAGGUACCCAAGUUAGCUCAGUCUACCAAGAGGCAUUAAAUUCAUCAAUGCACCCUAAUUUAUUAUUUUACUCUGUUUAAUGCCAGAUUAUUUUACUUGUCAAGGGACUCGAUUGGUUAACCAAGGUUAACCUACGUCACUGCUUUACUCUGUCUAAUGCCAGACUAUUUUACUCUAACACUGAGUUAAUCGGAAAUAUCAAUGCUUCCACCUUACAAAGGUUAAGAAUAGGUUUUGUUGAAUGCAACAGCCAGAUGCAUGGUAGACAAAUUGUAGGAUUUGGAAUUACAAAAAGUCUCUGGAUGAAAAGAAAUAAAUUGUGUGUUGUUUUGUAGCAACUGGUUAUAGAUCAAACCAUUGAAAAAGUGUCAUUCUGCACACCGGAUCCGUAUAACGAGAAAUUAUUUUGUUACAUCAGCAGAGAUGGCACAUCUCGCAGGUGGAUGUGUCAGUGUUUCAGCGCAAGACGUGAUACGGUAUGUGUCAAGAUAUUUUAUUAAUGUUGUGUGAAACAUAACUUGUUUUGUAACCAAACCCUUGUUUUGCAUAUACAAAUAUUUGUAUUUAAUAUGUUCUAUUUUAUUGUCAAUUAUCGCAUAUUACUAAAACAAUGUCGUAGCUGACAUAAAAUGUUAUCGACUAAUGCUUCAAAACAAUAAAUUUCCAAUGGCUUUUAUUAGAAAAUGUUUACAAGACUAAAACAGUUAUGUGUACAUGUAUAAAUAAGGUGUUUGUAUUUUAAUUUUAUUCUAGGGAGAAAGGUUGAGUCACGCUGUGGGUUGUGCAUUCACAGCUUGCCUGCAGAGGAAACAAAAGCAGGUUGCAUUGAAGGAACAACAUUUAGAGGUGAGAAAAGCUGUUUAUGUUACUAUAUGUUGGUUUUACUUACUUGAGGACAGUUAUUUACAAGUUACUGCCAAUGCUUUUGUAACUGUGAGUAAUGUAACUCCUGGUGUAUCAAGGGUUAAUGAGUUAAACUAUUUUAAAAUGUUUUUGCAGAGACAAGCAAGUAUGAGAUUGCCAUCAAACAAAGACAAGGCUGUAUCUGAGACGUCGCAACAAGAUACGGAAAGCAAACCAAGUACAAGCUCGAUUGAUCCCAGUAAAGCCCCUAGUACCCCUUCUGUAUCCAGCAACCAAGGAAGUCCGCAGCCAAGCAUCAGCUCGAGUCCGACACACUCCAAUGCUGCGGCAGCUCCCUUGGCAGCGCCCUCGGCAGCAACCUCGGCAGCACUAGAACCUCCUCAAGCCGAACCAAUCAGGAAGAAAGAGAAGAAAUUACACCUGCAAUCCCGACCACGCCCACAAGGUGCCACCCCUAACCCAUUCACACGUCACACCUCCCUAAGAUAUCGUUCUCAACCUCUCUCGCUCCAGCCGUUACGACCGGGCAAAUAUGAAGUGCUUGCGGACGAGUCUGUUGUACCAAAGUUACCCCCUGAAGAGCCAGCCCAGAAUAAACCAACAGAUAUCGAUACAUUACUUUCCAUGAAUGACCCUGCCCCUGCUGUGCCUAAUACUGCAAAUAAUACCACAGCCUCUCAUACUAUGAAUAAUGGUGGCAUCGGUGCAAUGAUGCAAUGGUCGGGAACCUCGGCAGGCCUACUUAUGACAAAUCGAAAUAAUCCUAAUCAAGUACAACAAACUAACUCUUGGUCAAACGACCAGAAACAAACUAAUCCAUUUCAAGUAAACGGUGAUGAUUUUAGUGGCUUGGCUAAUCGACAUCAGAAUACCGAAGGUAAGGGAACCAAUCCAUUCAAGAAAGAUGAACCAGUGCAUUGGUUAUAAUGGUCCUUUUAUAAGACAUACUCGAAAUAAAUCAGCAACAGGUCAAGAAUGUCUUAAAUAUCCAACAGUUCUUGUUACCACCAGCACAGAAAAAUAUAAUUUUUUAAUUUUAAUAUUUUGUACAGAAGAACUGUACAAUUUUAUGCAAAGUUUUAAUUUUAAGCUCGUGAUAUUCUUAACAUUUUUAGUUUUUGUUUUAACAUUAUUUUGUUUUAUUUUAAUAUCGAAUUGCGUUAUUGUUCAAUACAUAUGUUUUAAAAAGUUGACCUCAGGCAUAGUCUGUCAAGAUCUGAAGGUCUGAAAACGAAACAGAAGUCAUUGUAUUAUGUUUUUAUCGUGUACGGUCACAGCGAUUAAGCUCAUUGUAUUUUUGUAUAAUGAAGUAAUCGUCCAUUACUCAAUAGGGAUAGCUGAGAUGAAACAAUGAAUAAUAUUUAAUGAAGUUGAAACAAAGGAUUUGUGCACAGUUCAACAUCGAACAACAAAGGUCCUCUAUUUUGUGGCUUUGAAAAUUUCUGGGCUUCUAGACCAUCGUAUCUUGACGACUAUGCUUCAGGCAAAUACUGCACUUAACUGUGUCAGAUUUUACCUCGAUUUUUAUUUCGCAUUUCUGCAAUAACCAAGAUAAGUCUGUGGUUAAAAGUUUUAAAUCAAGGGCGUAGGAUACUAGGAAGCAUUUUCAACAUCGUGCUGGCACUACGUUUUAAAGACACAUUUUUACAUUAGAAAAGGUACAUUCUGUUUCAUUUGGCAAAAGGUGCACUUAGCGUAAAACGGGGGGAGGGGUGUCCUACGCCCUUGCAGUACCACAUAUAAGUUCAGUUUUGCUAUGUAGUUAAUAGAUAAAAGGCUUGGAAGGACUAUAUUUUUAAGAAACCUGGACUAACAUAUAGACAAUGGGUUCAAUAUUGUAUAGCCAUCUAGUCUGUAUUUUUUGUUAAUUAUGUGGAGCGUUCCGGAAACGACAUACAAAUACAAACUCGUGCGUUUUGGUAGCCUGAGUAUCAGACCGUAUUUCCAUUUCUUAUAAAUGCUGGUUUAUAAAAUAGAGUGUGAUACUCGGGCUAACCUUUUGGCAAUUAUUAGCUAUUUAGUACUAAGAGUAAAAGUAGUAAUCAGACAGAAAUACGCGUCCUGAACACAUAUGAAAGUGCGUUAAAAAAUAACGCUAUAAUUGCAAGUUCGUGGCUAAAGGGGAUGGAAGAGAUUAUUUCGCUGGCCUCAAAGUGACAAAACGUAACAAAGCGACGGUUUUACUAACACUAACUCUACUCCAAACACCAACUCUGACCCUAAUCCUUACCUUAACCUAACCCUAGUACUAAUAUUAACGCAAACUCUUAUUUCAAUUUUGGAACCAUCUUGUAAACUAUCUCUAGUCCAUCCCUUUUAGACAUUACCAUGAUUGCAAGGGAUGUAAAUAUAUGAAAGUACUUUAAUAGAAUGUACUGUUUAUUGCGCUUUUCCCCAUUGGCCUCGUUUUCAUGUUGGUUAUUUCCUGGCGGUUUGUGUGCAAGAUCAAGGUCACGUAUUCAUACAGGAAACAUUGGAUAUUAUCUUCAAUUGCGCCUGUCAUGAUAAAACAUGGGAACGAGGCCAUUGGUGCAAUAAGGAGUAGAGUCUAUUUGCGCACGCGAGUGCUGCGUCUGCGCGUACGCUUUUGCCGAUAUAGGAGAAUUUUAUUUCGAAAUAAUUAGUAAAUAUUUGAUUUUAAUUUGUAAAAUGUAAUUUCAACGUACAUGACCCAAUGUACUGUAAAAUAAACAACUUUUACCUGUUUAAUUGUUGUACCACAGUAACCAUAGACAAAGAAUAUAAACAAAGCAUGUUUUAAUUUAGUCUUGAUCUAUUGUAUUUAUAUCGAUUUCUGUUGUGUUGUUAAUUGUCCACUGGCAUCAAAUUAUACUUUUACCGUUUCCACCAGAUAACGUGGUUUUGCCAGCAAGUUUUUUCAAAACCUUCUGAAAAUGUUCUUGCUGUUUUAAGGAAAUUAAUGGAAAUUUUACUACCGCUAUCUCUCACUGACCCGAUUCAGCAAUCAAAUAUGUACUCAGGCGGAUUAAACACAUCUAACUGGUUAUUGGUGGCGAUAGUGGAUGUUAAAAUCUCAACCUUAUUAUUAAAAACUUUCCUAUUAAACCGAAAAGACUUAAACCAGCGUCUGUGCCAAACGUCAGGAAUUUUUUCGAGUGAGCGUUUUCUCAAAUUGGUAGAGUAUGUGCUGUUAAAACAGAGUGUGAUCAUUCAAGAUUUUUAGUCAUACUAGACUGGCACGCCAAUGGUUCUUGCCGCGUACUUGCGCUAGUACAAACUCGGUACUCAAUGUAUACUUAGGGGCGGACCAUUAAAAAAGUGAUGGGGGGGGGGGGCGCAAGAAAAAAAGCGCGCAGGGGAAGCAAGAAAGUUUGAAAAAAUCAUUCGUGCAGAGACUUUUCAAUAGGGAAAAUUAUAAAAGUUGAAAUAAAACAAAAAAUGGUGCAAGGGAU